AUCUUGCAGCAAUAUUCAGGAAGCGCGGAGAUGAGUGAGCAAAAGUUUGACGCGGAAAAAUAUCAGUAUUCCAGCGAAAUGAGACAGUGUAUUGAAAUCUGUGCCGUAGAUGGUACUGGUAUGUUUUAAUUCUUUCGUGAGGAAUCCCCAUGAAAUAUCUUUUUUGGCAGGGCGUUUGUAGCGACGUAUCAUCUUCAAAAGCUGAUAGAUCUAGAUCGAGAUUUCCCCUCCUAUCUCUAGUUGUGCGAAAAUUGCGAUGAGCCUGGAGCCCUUCCCCUCUCGGCUGUGACUGUGAAUAGACUGGAAUAUAACGAACAUAGAUCUAGAAAGUUGACAAUGUUGUCGUUCUUCGCGUAAACUCUAGAAGAUAUUACAGCAGCUUUUCUCACAAAUCAUCAACCAUCAACCUUCCUCACUCUGUGGUGAAGUAUAGUCCAUCAACGUGAACUCUCCAUGGACUUCUGCCUUGGUGCAUGUAUAUAUGCCUGACUGUAUAUUGGCGUUCUUUAUGUAAAUCUUGGACAACAUAGGCACCAUUCACGUAUUAACGUCAGGAGUUUUAUUGUUUCUCUCGUAAAACCUUAUCAGCGUCGUCGCCACUAUUCGAGUAAAUAAAUGCCCAACUGUAUGGUCGUUCUACUCGUAUCGGUCCUGUAUCGCCAUGGAAGAAGACGACACGGAAACUCCAACCACCACAACAUCCUCCCAAAUUAGGAAACUGUUCAGCGUCAAGCGGGUAAGCUUCACAGUGCUUGGCCUGCUUCUCUUCUGGUUAUUCAUGCGGGUCGGGGCUACUAUGUUCGGCCACUCGUUCUGUAUCACGCCGUUAUUCCAAGCCAGGCACGUGGUGAUUCAGCCACAGCCGGAAUCACACCAGCAUAUUAACGAGAAAAGAAGUGACAAUGGCGAUAAUGAUGGAGGUGGGGAAGACGAUGGUGGGGAAGACAAUGGUGGUGAUGGUGAUAGUGUUGGACGCAAACGUUUGAAAAAGAACGGCUUCCAGCCAGUAUCGAAUAAAGAAUCAAGCUUUGGAGAGGAGCUUUACGGUGAGCCAGAUUCAGACGGCGUGAACGCUCAAGGAAGAAAUAAGUAUCGGUCAGUCGGGAAAAGAAGCGGUACUGACGAUGGUGAUGGUGACGAUAAUGAUGAUGGUGAUGGCGGUAGACAAAGGCGUUCGAAAAAGAACGGGUUCCAGCCAUUGUCGGUUAAAGAGGGGAGCUUUGAUGACGAUCUUUAUGGCGGGUCAGAUUCAGACCGCGCAAAAGCUCAGGGCAGAAAUAUACAACGGCCGUUUCGGAAAAGAAGUGAUAAUGGCAAUUAUGUUGACGAUGUAAACGGUGAUGAUGAUGAUGAUGAAGAUGGUGAUGGUAAACGCAGGCAUUCGAAACGGGGCGGCUACCGACCAGAGUCGGAUAAAGAGGCCAACUUAGAGGACGAGGUUUACGGGGGGUCAGAUUCAGACCGCGCGAACGCUCAGGGAAGAAAUAAGCAAAGGUCGGACGGGAAAAGAAGUAACAAUGACGUUGUUGAUGAUGAAGGCGAUGAUGAUGAUAAUGGUGGUGGACGCAAACGUUCGAAACGGAGAGGUUUCAAUCCAGUGUUGGAAAAACAGAACAGCCUUGGCGACAACCUUUACCGCGAGUCAGAUUCAGACCGACCAAACGUUCAGGGAAGAAAUAAACAACGGUCGGUCGGGAAAAGAAAUGAUAAUGAUGCUGGUGAUGAUGAAGGCGAUGAUGAUGGUGAUGAUGGUGGAGGUAGAAGAAGCAGUUCAAGAAGGAGCAGCUUCCAGCCAGUUUCGGAUACAGAAGGGAGCUUUGAGGGCGAGGUUUACGAUGAGUCAGAUUCAUACUGCACGAAUGCUCAGAAGAGAAAUAAACAAAGGCCGGUUGGCCGGCAAGGUCGAAAAAAUUGCGGGAAAAGACACAUGUUUGAGGAAAAUGAGAAGGAAGAAGAGGAGGAGGAGGAGGCGGAGGAGGAGAAAUUUCAUUUGUCCGAAGAGGGGAGUCGUGGGGGUUGCGGGGAAGGAACUGAAGACGAGGGAGAGGAUGAUGAAUAUGAACAAAAAAUACGGAAAAGAACAGGUAGUAGAGCUAAAAGCAAAAAGGUAAAACAAGUUGGAAAAGAUAAAAGCGAAAAUAAGAAACCUUCCAAAAAAGGAGAUCAAGAAGAAAGGCAAGUGGUCGACGAGGUCGUAACAGAAAGUAAAAAGCACCCAAGAAAGGUAAAGGUCAGCGGGAAAAGGGAAGUCCAAGAGGAUGAAUACGAAAACAAUCAACAAGGGAAAAAAGAAAGCUUUAAAGAUAGAGAAGUGGAAGGGUUUGAAUGUUUAAGUGCUUUGUGUGGUUGCGUGAAUUACUUGGAGGGUGACUCGAAGAAGGACGGGGGAGAAGAAGACGUGAAGAAGAUGGGCAGAAAGGGUGACAGAAAAAAGGAGACACUCUCGCGGCAGGGAGGAUGGGACGAGGAAGAGGGGGAGGAGAGUGAGCCUGAUUGGGGUGAUGACAAAGGGCGUGUAAGAAAGUCAGACAGUGUGGACGGGGAGAGGGGAGCAAAGAAGCGGGGUAGUGGCGUGGGUAGCCACAGCUUUGAGGAUGAUGAUGAAAGUGAAGGGCGAGAGAGAUGGGACGAGGCAGAGGAACAAGGCGAAAGGAAGGAGAAUGGGAGGCAAGCAAAAGGGGCAGAUGAUAAACGAAGGAGAGUAGUUGAAAAGAAAAGGCGGUCAAGAGGGGCUCAAGGGAAAAGUCGGGAGGGAGAACAAGCAGAUGAGAGGCGAGGGGGAAGGAAAAAGAACGGGAGGCAAAGAAAACGAGGUAGGGGAGAGAAGCGAAACAAAAGAGAGGAGGAAGAACCGAUAAAUGGUAUGGGCAAUAAUGAUAAGGAUGACGAUGACGAUGAUGAUGGCGAUGAUAAUGAUAGUAACAGUGACGACGAUAGAAAUGAUGAAGAUGAUGGUGAUGAUGACUCUAGAGGCAGAGAGAGUCUGAGAGGAAAUAACCCAGCGCCCGAAAGCUCGAAUGACAAUGACGAUGACGAUGUGGCCGCAGAACCAGGGGAUGAUGGAGGUGAAGGAGGGGGAGAUGGGAAAGAGAAAGGCGAAGGUCUCGGCAAAGCUACAGGAGGGAGAUCGUGCAAAGACUGCAUGGACAGGAGCGAGAAAUGCCGCUCUUUUCUUGCUUUCUUCUACAAGAGUUGUGUCUUCCCCGAAUCUUAGAGUUUAGACUUUGACAGACACAUGUGUGCUCUUUACACAUGUGUCGGCAUCGAGGGAACUUGGCUUAUCAUCUUCAGAAAAAAACGAUGUUGUUGUCUCCUUGUGUAUUGGUGUGGUUGUCACCUUGCAUAUUGGUGUGCUGUUCUGCUGCCUCGUCGGUUUCUGUUCCAGUUCGCCAUAAUACGCACUGUUAUAGCCUAUUUCUGUCGGAGAUGAACAAUAUUUUGAGAGGUUCUGCAUUUUAAAUAACCAUACAAUGCUGAUCGGGACGUUUAAACUACACUACAAUGACUGCUAUACCAAGCUAUGCAUGCAGUAAAUCUUACUGUGUGUCCGAGUGCGGAGUUGCCGUCAUGUGUAUUUGUGUUGCCAUAUUCUGUAUAGAUUUUAAAGUAAGUGCACAGUGCCACUGUCUUCUCUGGCAGUGUACUAGUUCAACCCUGCUUAUGGAAUGGUGUAGUCGCUUUGUAUUCAAGUGCAGCCAUUUUGAGUUCGAGUGUAGCCAUUUUGAGUUUAAAUGCAGCCUACUCGUGUAUUGCAGCCAUUGUAUGCACGACUGGUCUGCCUCACUCUUUUGGUUUUCCGUGCACUGGUGUAGCUAUUUUGUCAAUAGUGUAGCCACUCUGUGUACUGGUGUACUCAGUUUAUUUAUUAGAAAAGUCAUUUUGCGUACAAGUGCAGUCAUCUUAUAUUCUAAAAUAGCCAACGUAUUUAUUCGUGUUGCCGUGAAGUAUACCAGUCUAACCACCUUAUGUACUAAUGUAGCUAAUAUGUGUACUUAAGGCGCUGUUUUGUUUACUAGUGUAGCCAAUUUGCUUAUUAGUGCCGCCGUUUAUUGUUCCAGUGUAGUCACUUUGUCGUGUGUACUAGUGUAGUCAGGGUUGGUGAUUUAUAUUUUUUUAAUUUUAAAACAUUUUAAUCGAUUUUUAAACAUUUAAAUCAUAUUUUUAAAA